AUGCAAGAAAUUUACACAAAGUCACAAACACUUUCAAUGUUAGAAUUUACAAAAGAAAAGCUGAAAUAUUGGUUACUAGAUCACCCAUCAAUUGUAUCUUUCCGGUGGAGUCCGACUCAUUCGUGGGGUGGUACGUGGUGGUUUCUCAUUUCUGCUAUCUUUUUUUACAUCACCAUCCCGAUAACCAUCCAUGUCAUCCUUAAACUAUGUCGCAUAAGGUGUCACGUGCCCUUAGGUCCACUUCCAGUCAUUCAUAGUCUCUUAAUGUCAUUAAUCUCGAUAACUAUAUUUUUUGGCAUGUUUUUCUCGGCUGAAGCUGAGGUUCGGGACACUCGUUGGCUAUGGCAACGAACCCGAACCACACCCUUCGAGUGGUUACUUUGUUUUCCUUUAGGUAUUCGUUCCUCGGGUCGUGUCUUCUUUUGGUCUUACGCGUUUUACUUAUCUCGUUAUCUUCAUAUGUUGAGAACAUUGUUUAUAGUUUUGAGUGAGAGAAAAUUAUCAUUUUUUAGAUUAUUUAACAACUCCAUUAUUCUCAUUAUGUCUUUUUUAUGGCUUGAGUUUUCACAAUCUCUUCAAGUGUUAACUAUAUUGUUCUCGACGUUGGUUUGUUUUGUGGUUUAUGGGUACAGAUUUUGGAUACAAAUAGGGCUACCUAGUAAAACAUUUCAUUAUGCGGGGAAUUUACACAUGAUGUUGUUUGGUUGCAAUUUGGCGUGCCAUGUUGGAGUAGUUUUGUUGCAUUAUUCAAGAGGAGGGUGUAAUGGAAUUGGAGCAUGGGUUUUUAAUUCCUUUUUGAAUGUUUUAAUUCUUUGGCAUUUCUUCAAGUCCUAUUUUGAUAACCACUACCAAAGGGAGGACACUUCUUCCAAAAGAGGGCAAAUCAAAGCUAAGUCAAACCCAUAG